AUGUGGAAUGGGUAUGAUCAUGAAGAGAGGCUAAGAUAUCAAAGGAUCGAAAAUAUCAGAAGAGAACGGGUCAAACAAGUCUGUCAAGUUAAUGAUCCUGUUCUCAAUCUUAGUUUUGAUAUGAUUAAAGAAGCUAAUACCAUUGAUGGUGAUUAUACAAAUUAUGAUUACACUUCUGAAGUAAGAGAUAUCUAUGAAUUAUUCCAACUCUCAUUUGGAGAUAGACACCGUAUACGUAACGGAAGCUUAAAACUCACAUAUGAUGAAAGCAUAUACAAUAAACUUUCAUGGUUUAACAUGUCAAUGGCAAAACCUGAGUUAUUGGCAAAUCCAAUAUUAGAUCCUAAUAAUUCAUUCAUAGAAAGUUUAAUUAGUAAAUCAUUCGCAAAUGAAAAUGAUCGGGAAAUUUGUCGUCAGGAUCCAUAUAUUAGAGAAUUCACAAAUCCAUCACAACCUUUAAGAAAAAAUAAAUUAUUGGAUUAUCAUAGAGAUGUUGUCAUAUCAAAUUGUUCUGAAAUUCCUUUAUACCAGAUUUCUAAAGAAUGUAAUGAAUAUUCACUGCAUUCUAAUAAGGAGAAAGAUGUUGUUGAAAUUGGGGAACACAUUUCAUCACUUUGGUGUUAUAUUCGCAGCGCUAGAUCUGAUGUUGAUAAUUUCAAUAGAUCAAAAUAUUUCAUUGAGAAAAACACAAUCUUGAAUGAUAAUUUCAUGUCAAUGAAUGAUAAAUCUAUUGAAACUCGAAUUGAAGAAUUAAACAGGGAAAUUGAUAUUAAUUUAUCUCCAUUAUCAAGCUGCUAUGAUAUAUAUCUGGAAAUAUUAAAAAUUUGUGAAAAAGUUAAUUUAACAAUGCGUGAAGUGAACAAAAGUUUUGAAUUCUUAAGCUUUUCUCCAAAAGAUGUUGAUCCAAGUAAUUAUGAUCUAUCCACUGAGAAGAUAAUUGAUCCAAAAUCAUUUAAUAUAGAUAUUAAAGUGAGUUCUUCCAAAAAGGGAAAUAUCAUGAUGAUUGAAACAACGAGGUAUAAAUAUUUACAAAAUGAUUUUAUUAGAUUUAUUAAUUCCACUGUUAGGGAACAGGUUUCUUUAAAAGAAUUUAAAGUUAUUCGUAAUUUAAUUAAACAAUCAGUUUUAUAUUGUAAACAAUCAAAUUCCACAUUGGGUGUUAUAUCAAAUUUAUCAACAAUGAUUAUUUUGGAAUUAGAUAUUAAUGGAAGUGAAUUAAUUAAUUUUGAUGAAGAAAAAUUAUUUGAUCUUAAACUAAGAUAUAGAAUGAUAAAUUUGGAAGAUCAAUACCUUACUAUUAGAUGGGCGUUUAUUUAUUUGUUUAAACAACUUGGUAAAGAAAUCGAUCCAAAUGUUAAGGAUGAACUAAUGAUUCAAUUUCUUUGGAAGUUUCAUAUAAGUGAUAAUGAACGAUUACAAGAUAAAAAAGCAGUGAAUGAGUCUAAUAAAUUUCCAAAUAUCAUAAAUGCUUCAAUUGAUAAUUUUAUAACAAAACCUUUACCCAAGAUUUUCUCAAAUGAUAUUCUCCACGAAGAUUCAGAAGAUGAAUAUAGGUAUCAUACUAAAGAAUUAGUGGUUAAACAUAGAAAUGUUAAAAAGGAAUUUGGUUAUGAAAUUGAAGGGAUUCCAUUAGAUCAAGAAAUGUUUCUAAAAGUAUACGAUAUAAAUUUACUAGUUAAUAAUAAAUUUGAAGAUGAAGUUCAAUAUGGUGCCUUUAGAAAAGAGGUUAAAUCUCUUGAAUUUAUCAACAAGCAUAAUUCAAAAUGUGAAAAAGAAGGAUCAAUAGAUGCUAUAAUCAAUGUACCAAAAAUUUAUAAACAUUUUAUAAUAGACUUGACAGAUUCCAAAUCAACAGAGUUUUCUGAAUUAUUUGGAUAUGCCAUAUUAAUGGAAAAAAUUGAUCAUGUUGAUAUCAGUUUGAAUCCUAUAAUUGAAGAUACACCAUAUUUCCAAGAUUUAGAAAGACAAGUAUCAGUGAUGGAGAACUCGGGAAUCAAACAUAAUAAUUUAGCAGAAUUGGGGAACUUGGUUCUAGAUAUGGAGAUGAAACCUUUCAUAUUAGAUUGGGGGUUAUCAGAGAUUAAUCAAGAAUCUUGA